UACUUCCAAGCCCACACAAAGCUUAUCCUAUCCAGUGAAAAUUAAAAAGAAAAGAAAAGAAAAACAACAACUCGAGAGUCGAAACAGGUGCGAGUUUCAGAAACCCUAGAAUCCAAAAUUUCUAGGGUUUACGUUCCCAAUUUGGGUUUCAAAUUUAGGGCUUUUUGAAAUUCCCGGUUUGAUCACUGUAAUUGAAGAUGAAUAUUGACGAGGCGAAGCUUUUUGUGGGAGGUAUAUCUCGUGAGACAAGCGAAGAAACUCUAAGAAAUUACUUCAGCAAGUACGGUGUCGUUUCGCAUUCUCUUACUGCCAAGGACAAAAUCACUAAAUUUCCAAGAGGAUUUGGUUUUGUUGUUUUCUCUGAUCCUUCUUCUGCUGCUAGGGCUCUUCAAGAUAAUCAUGUUAUUCUUGGGAGAACGGUAGAAGUGAAGAAAGCACUACCUAAAAUUGAAAAACACCAGCAGCAACGGCAACACCACCCCCACGGUAAUCAGGAAGCUAGCAACGGAUUGGGUAUGAAUAGUGAUAAUAGUACCAGCGCUAAAAACAAUAGGACCAAGAAGAUCUUUGUGGGAGGUUUAGCAUCUAGUCUAACUGAAGAACAGUUCAAAAAUUACUUUGAACAGUUUGGGAGGACAGUAGAUGUAGUUGUGAUGCAAGAUAGUUUAACCAACAGGCCAAGGGGCUUCGGAUUUGUCACCUUUGAUUCUGAGGAAUCCGUUGACAAGGUUUUGCUGAUCGGUUCUCAUGAGUUGAAUGGUAAGAGAGUGGAGGUUAAGAAGGCUGUGCCGAAAGAUAGAAUUAAUGGUCAUAUUGUUAGGAGUGGUUCAAAUGGGUUCAUUGGUAAUGGUCCUCAACUUGCAAAUCACCCUUUCUAUGGUCAGGGAUAUGACCCAUGCUACACUUCUUUCCCGGUGUAUAAUGAUGUUCAUGGUCAUUUUUAUGGAAUGAGUUUUUAUGGGAGUGUAUACCCUAUGGUAGGAUAUGGAAGACCUGGUUUGGAGGUUGCACCAAUGGCUCCUAUGCUUGGAGCUGGACUGUUUCCUUACAGCAAUGCCUGUCUUUAUCCUGCUUAUACGCAUAACAUGAGUAGCAUCAGGGGUAUGGAAAUUGGUGGGCAUAAUCGGAUUGUUGAGGCUGGUGUGAAUGGUGAAGAAUCUGGUUCGUGGCAGCAAUGGACACGUUCCAUCUGAUGCAACAACAACAAAGAGUGAAGAGGGCAAGCAUGGAAGUUGAUACUUUGAGUUUGGAAGGUAGUGGUGUCUGUGCUCUAAGCUAACAGAAUAGAGUAGGUCUUAAAUCUUGAUGGACAGUUGAAAGCUUUACCUGUAGAUAAUUCUACCUGACCUGUUGCACAUAUUCCCUGAACAUCGAUGGUUUAGCAAUUAUUCACUGAUUGAUUAGAACAAGUUUAACCACCACACCUUUUAGAUGUCCAUUUCUUUUGAGUGAACUUUGCGUCACAAACAUCUUUGCUUGCCCUGUCUCUCUACUUUCAGUCAUUUGUAAAUAAAUGAUUCUGUCCUCCUAACAUAAAUGCAUUUAAAUUCAACC